AUGGCCUCUCCAUAUUGCUGCGAGCCGGUAGCUAUUGUGGGGAUGGCCAUGCGGCUCCCGGGAGGAGUAAGGACUGCUGAUGAUUUCUGGAAUAUGCUUAUCAACAAACGGACCGGACAUUGUGAGAUUCCCAGCAGCCGGUUCUCUAUUGAUGCAUUCUGCAGUGAGAAACGGCCGCAUGCUGUUAGGACCAAAUAUGGAAACUUUCUCCAUGAGGAUCCUGCUGACUUCGAUACCUUUUUCUUUUCAAUUCCACCGUAUGAAGCUGCACGCAUGGAUCCGCAGCAGCGCAAACUACUGGAAGUUGUGUGGGAAUGCCUGGAAAAUGCCGGAGAGACACAUUGGAGGGGUAAAGAUAUUGGCUGCUACGUUGGCGUCUUCGGUAGCGAUUGGCUCUGUUUAGUAGACAAAGAUCAUCAGGCAACGGACCGAUACUAUGUUCUCGGAACGGGAAACUUCACACUGUCAAAUCGAGUGUCCUACGAGUACGAUUUUCGUGGACCAAGUAUGACAAUCGAAACAGGCUGUUCAGGAUCAAUGGUGGCCCUGCAUGAGGCAUGCCAAGCGCUAUCUUCCGGCCAGUGCUCAUCAGCAAUUGUCGCUGGAACAAAUCUGAUCCUAUCACCGACCAUGAUGACAUCAAUGUCGGAGAACAUGGUCAUUUCCCCGAGUGGAAUGUGCCGCACUUUCGACGAAGAGGCUGAUGGUUAUGGAAGGGGGGAAGCUAUCAAUGCCCUCUAUAUAAAGCCCCUGAGCCAUGCUAUUAGAGACAACGAUCCCAUUCGAGCUGUGAUCCGAGCGACUGCGACGAAUAGCGAUGGCAAGACCCCAAUCAUCACUGCCCCAGGGAUGAACUCUCAGAAAAGCCUUAUAGAAGCAACAUACAGAAGAGCAGGUAUUGAAAAUCUUUCACAAACUGCAUACUUCGAAUGUCAUGGUACGGGGACACAGGCGGGUGAUGAAGCUGAGGUCUCGGUCGUUGCUGAGCUCUUCAGAGCAAAGGGGAUUACAAUUGGUUCAGUCAAAACCAAUGUAGGUCACUCGGAGGGUGCGUCCGGCGUCACGAGCAUUAUCAAAAGUGUGCUUUGCCUGGAGCAAAAAGUUAUUCCCCCGACUAUAUACCAAACCCUGCACCCCGACAUACCGUUUGCCAAAAGUAAUCUUAGUGUGCCAUCAGAACCGACCAGCUGGCCUCAGGAUCACCUUGAGAGAAUAAGUGUCAACAGCUUCGGCAUUGGGGGGACGAAUGUCCACGCAAUCCUGGAGUCAUACUCGCCUAAUACUGAAGUCGAUGUAGAAGCUGAUGUAGCUUCGGUCGCGCACUGCCCGAAUAGAGCCGAGCUUCUAAUCGUGUCUGCCAGCACAGAAAAAAGCUUAGAGGAGCGUACCUCAGCUAUUGUCGAGUUUGCAAAUAAAUAUCCCGAGGCACUUUCAGACCUUGCUUAUACCCUACGAAUACGACGUGAACACAUGGCAAAUCGAGCUUUUGGUGUAGUACGCCCAGAUAGCCCAAUCGAUGUAUCUGCGUUCAAGAGCUAUAAAGCGCAGGAUCACCCCGUGAUUCUUGCGUUCUCUGGACAAGGCGUUCAGUGGCCCGGGAUGGGCAAGGCUUUAAUGAAGAUGUUUGUGGAGUUUCGGGCCGCCAUCGAGGAGAUGGAAAGGAUCCUUCAAAGCCUGCCGGAUGGUCCCAAUUGGUCUCUGGCAGAAGAGAUCACGAAGGAGACCGACUCUCACAUCCACGAAGCACACAUGACACAGCCUCUGUGCAUCGCCUUCCAGAUUGCUUUAUUUCAUGUGCUAGCGAGCCUUGACCUGAAGGUCCAAUGUUUGGUAGGGCAUUCCAGCGGAGAGAUAGCUGCAGCAUAUGCGGCGGGAGCCAUUACAUUGAGAUGUGCCAUUAUAUUGGCAUACUAUCGCGGUGUAGCCAUUGGGCCUGAGCAGGGAUGUGGAUCAAUGUUUGCCGUCAGUCUCGGCUCGCAAGAAAUCAGCCCCUACCUGCGGGAAGGUGUUGCCGUCGCUUGCAUUAAUGGUCCACAGAGUGUGACACUCUCUGGAUACAUCGAACAACUAGAGAAAACCGUUCGGGAAAUCAAGCUACAAAGACCUGAAGCCAUUUGUAAACCGCUCAAAGUCAAUGUGGCAUAUCAUACACGUCAAUUGGCACACUGUGGCCGAGUAUACGAGUCCCUCAUAGCACCGCACAUUGAGCACCCCACGAGUCAUAUGCCGCCUCUCGCAUCAGUAGUGACUUGCUCCAUCAUUGAAGAUCCUUCUGAGCUCGGCGCCUCAUACUGGCGUCGGCACCUUGAAUGCCCGGUGUUAUUCCAAGGGGCUGUAGAGCUAAUCAUGAAGGCUGAGACCAGGCCACACGUGGUCUUUGAGCUUGGCCCCCACCCUGCGCUGUCAGCUCCAUUGAAGCAAAUAUGGAGGAAUCAGGCGGCUGGCGUGAAUCAUGUGUAUAUCCCAACCAUUACAAGAGGUGACAAUGACCCCGAGGCCCAAAUCCUCAAGGCCAUUGGCCUUCUUCAUAGCAAUGGCGUUUCCGUCAACCUCAAACCUGGAGAAUUUCAUAGAGAAGGUAAGGUCCUGACAACCGUGCCACUAUAUCCCUGGCAGAGGGACAAACCUCUAUGGAGCGAGAGUCGAGCGGUACGCGAGUGGAGACAAAGCUCAAUGCCACAUCACGAGCUCUUGGGUUGUCGCGUUACAGAAACAUCUGAGCUCGAGCCGACAUGGAGAAACUUGCUAUCUAUCUACAGUGUCGCAUGGAUUUGUGAUCAUGUUCUGGAAGGGAGUGUGGUAUUUCCCGCCGCAGGUUAUAUUGCCAUGGCAGGAGAAGCCAUACGGCAGUUAUUUCCCACCACAAAAGGAUUCACUAUCAGAAAUCUCAUGCUCAAGUCCGCCUGGAUACUGGAACACAAGAAAACUUUCGAAGUUAUCACAAGUCUGAAGCCUAUCAAGUAUACCGAUGUGGAAGACUCAGAGUGGUAUUCAAUGUCCGUUAUUGUUCACGAUGGUACAUCCUGGACCAAGCAUUGUCAAGGGCAAGUGAGGUCAGAAGAUCACGAACGUCAACACAUCGAGCAAUCAAACGCCUAUAUUCGCUCUGUCGACUCUAAAACAUGGUACGAAGCUUUAAGCAAGAAAGGAAUCACCUAUGGCGCCUGUUUCCGUGGUCUAAAAACAAUAUCCGCAGACCCCGUAGCACCUACAGCGACCGCGUCGAUCUGCGACGAUGCACCUAAGCAUGAUAGCAGGUAUUUCGUACAUCCUACCGCGAUAGACCAAUGUCUGCAAUUGUUGAGCGUCGCUCAGUCACAUGGCCUGAAGCGUUGCUUAACGGGGCUGGGAAUUCCGGCUUCUAUAGCGGAGAUAUACAUUGCCCAAGGAGAAAAGGAGAUGACCGUCAAAGCCGCGCUCACAGGCGGUACUCCUCAAAAACGACUCGGGGAAGCAACUCUUUCAACAGAUGGCCGCCUAAUUGUGUCGCUGCGAAAUGUCUUCUUUUUCUCCUUAGGGGAUGAUGCUCUCUAUAGCGGCUCCGUUGUUCCAUUGGUUGCGCAAAUGAAGUUGACUAAAGAUAUAGACUUCAUGCCCUGUGAUGAACUUCUCGCGGGAAGGGCACAGAUCUACUCUGAACCCAGAGUAACCGGAGCGCUCCAUGGAAUAGCCAAACUAUCCAUUCUUUAUGUUCUCAAUGCUGCAGAAAUUAUGACUCCUAUAGAGCCCUGUUCUGAACAUAUGAGGAAAUGGAAAGAACAUAUCAUGAGUUUGGCUCGAAGUGUCGAUGAAAAUGUCUUUACAGAAUCGAGAAACUGGGCGUCCAUGAGGCUCGACGACAGAAAAGACCUCAUCCAGAAAUUCCGUGAAAGUGUCAGGGACCCAUUGCCAGAAGGGUGGACUGUUAUGCCUCGACUGCUCCAGAAAGUCUAUGACCACUGUAGGCAGUUCUUGCUCGGUACAGCCUCUCCUCUUGAGGUCCUCCUUGAGGAAAAUAUGCUUGAAAGUCUCUAUACUACUCACUCGCCGCAACAAUCAGGAGUCUUUCUGUACUCGCUGGGUAGUACGAAACCAGGGAUUCGCAUCCUUGAAGUCGGUGCAGGAACUGGAUGUGCCACAUUCGAAGCAUUAAAAUGCCUUCAAACGUCGGAUGGUGUUAGACUCUACUCGUCAUACACAUUUACAGAUAUAACACCUGGGUUCUUUGCCCCUGCCGCGGAGAAAUUCAAGGGGUACCGUGGUCUGGAAUUCAAAACCCUCGAUAUAACCAAGCCACCGUCCGAGCAAGGGUUUGAGCUACAUAGCUAUGACCUGAUCAUUGCAUCUAAUGCUCUACAUAUCACCCCAAAUUUGAAAACCUCUUUGCAAAGUGUUCACGACCUGCUACGGCCAAACGGGCGUUUGUUGCUACAUGAGCUCCACCCUACACUCUGGAUUGUGGAUUUCUUGAUGGUAUGCACAAGGCAUUUUCCGCUUUUUUACGUGAAUUCGUAUUCUGGUGUCUUUCCAGGCUGGUGGCUUGGUGAAGAGAUUGAGAGACAGUGCCGACCGUAUGUUUCGCCGGAGAUAUGGGAUAAAGAGCUCAGGCAAGCCGGAUUUAUCGGAAACGAAGCUAUGGUAUAUGACAAUGAACGCCCGCUUCAGACGAAUUUCACGAUGCUAUCGAGACCUGUGGAAUGCAGGCCAACACAACGGAGCCCUGUGCAUUUGCUACAUAGUGAGACUCAGAGCAGCUGGACACGGGGCUUGGAAAGUUUUUUUGCGCAGCGAGGUUACUCUGUGACAUCCGGAGUUCUGGGCGAAGAACACCCUCGCGAAGCUUUCGUUAUUUCUCUUCUUGACUUUGACACACCUUUCCUUUACAGCAGCACAAAUGAGUCUUUCGAGGCACUUCGACGGCUCAUACAAGGCGUUGUUGGAGGCACAUUGCUAUGGAUUACACAUCCAUCCCAGUUGACCUGCACGGAUCCUCGGUUUGGGCUAAUCCACGGCUUCUCGCGGACCAUAAAACAGGAAAUGAAUAUACAAUUCACAAUCUUGGAGAUAGACCAUUUCGACUCUGCAGCAUACACCUGCAUUCAGCGCUUGAUCGAGAAAAUCAGCCAGGCACGGCAGCUUGCUUGCGUGAGAAUCGACCAGGAGUAUAUCCUUCAUCAGGGUGAUGUUUACGUGGGCCGUUGUCACUGGCCUGUGAACGAUACGGCAGCCCCGAUGGCAGAGCAAGGCGAAACAACGUGCAAGAUACUCGAUAUUUCCUCAUACGGCUUAUUGGACUCACUGAAUUGGUGCGAUACGACGCUUCCCUCGCUGAGGGAUGACGAGCUAGAGGUGGAUGUCAGUUACGUGGGACUGAACUUCAGGGUAAGAGGCCACAAUGUUGGUUUUCCAGUGCUCAUACUCAUUCUACCGCAGGACCUAAUGGUUGCUAUGGGCUUAUUCGGUGAUCGAAGUCAACUAGGAUUUGAAGCGAAUGGUGUUGUCCGUCAAGUUGGACCUAAAGUGGUAGGAAUUCAGGCUGGAGAUAGAAUAGGUUUCACCAAAACAGGCGUCUUUGCAACAAAAGUUGUGGUACAGCAGCGUUACUGUGUCAAGAUCCCAGAUGGCUUAUCGUUAGACGAGGCAGCCGCUUUGUUGUCGGUCUAUGCCACUGUUUUCUACUGCUUCCUUCGUCUUGGGACGCUCCACGCAGGCCAGAGUGUCUUAAUUCAUUCAGCAUGUGGUGGUGUUGGCCAAGCUGCGAUUCAUGUUUGCAGAGCUUUGGGGGCAAAGAUAUACGCCACAGUUGGAAACGAGGAGAAGGUCCAGUACCUGGUUGAUCAUUUCGGACUUGAGAAAACGCAUAUUUUUCAUUCACGAGACGAAUCAUUUGUGGCCGACCUAAUGCGCGAGACGAGCGGACGUGGCGUUGAUGUUGUUCUCAACUCCUUGGCAGGAAAACUUCUUCAUGCGUCUUGGAGAUGUGUCGCCCCCUUCGGAAAGAUGAUUGAACUCGGAAAGCGAGACUUUUUGAUGAAUGGGGUUCUCGAUAUGGCGCCAUUCCUUGAGAACCGCUCAUUUAUUGCGGUCGACCUGCUUCAGGUGCUCAAAGAAGAUCCCGACACUUGGGAAUGGCUUAGAGGCGAAUUUGAAGGGUGGUUCAAGGAAGGCAUUAUUGGAUCCAUCCACCCUGUCAAGAUCUUCAACGCUGCAGAUGUUACGAGCGCAUUUAGGUACUUGCAGAAGGGCACCCAUAUAGGGAAGAUUGUGGUCAGGAUGCCUAGUUCUUCUGAGAAACUACCGUCGACACGAUCAUUCGCCGGCUGCAGAUUCUCGGCAAGGUCGUCAUAUCUGUUAGUUGGAGGAUUAGGUGGACUUGGACGAUCUGUGUCUAGUUGGAUGGUUGAGCAAGGUGCUCGCGAAAUUGUCUAUCUUUCGCGUUCAGCGGGUCAGUCAGAAAAUGAUCAAAGAUUCAAGGAAGAACUUAAAGUUCAGGGUUGCGAGGCUACGUUUGUUGCUGGAAGUGUGGCGGUGCUUGAAGACGUACAAAAGGCGGUUGCAACAUGCACGAAGCCUUUGGCGGGUGUCAUGCUUCUGUCUAUGGUUUUGCGGGACCAAAUGUACGUCAACAUGAGCUAUGAGGAGUGGACCACAUGUUUAGAGCCCAAGGUGCAAGGGGCCUGGAACCUCCAUCAUGCUGUGCAGAACCAAAACCUCGACUUCUUCGUCGUUUUCAGUUCGAUUUCGGGGACCAAUGGCUUCGCCGGCCAGACGAACUAUUCGGCCGCCAACUCUUUCCUGGCGUCCUUUACCAAGUAUCGCCGCCAGCUCCGAUUACCAUCGUCUGUCCUUGAUCUCGGUCCGGUUGAAGGCGUGGGAACAAUCAGCACGAACCCUAAAUUCCUCAAUACUCUUCGCCGUGCCGCCGUACGUGUGCUGGAUGAGAGGGAGUUCAUUCGGGGCUUGGAAGUCGCCAUCUGGCAAUCCAGCAUCACCGGUGACUCCACAGAUCCGGACUUCUACACGUCGAACCCGGCCAUGGUGGGUCUCGGCAAUAAUAAGCCCAUUGCCGAUCCGACGACACGAACAACUUGGCGCAGAGAUGACCUGCGCUUCGCGCUGUACGCGAACAUGGACCUCAAAGGGUCGCGCAACGAGAUCGAAAACAACGAGCUUAGGAUAAUCGUGGACAGGAUCAAGAAAGAUCUCGCCUUGGCCGACGAUCCCAGGACGAAGAGUCUCAUGAUGUUUGAAUUGGGAAGGAUGAUUCUCCCGCACGUCUCUCAAGAUAGCGAGGUUGCUGUCACGCAAUGCGGGAACAUCCAGAUUGACUCGCUCAUAGCAAUCGAGAUCAAGGCGUGGGUGACUCGUGUGCUGGGUGUGGAUAUCAGUCUGGUAGAGGUCGGAAAGGCGGGGACGAUUGGCGGAUUGGUGUAUCUGUGCCUGGAGUUGCUCAAGGCUCAACAUGCGAAGGAGUAG